CGGACUACAAUUCCCGGCAUGCCGCGCCUGGGCGGAGUAGCUCACACGCCCCAGCAAAGAAGUGGGUAAUUCCAGAAUUGAUUGGCCAUACAAUCGUCACUUUAUUAAUGCUCGUUUCAUUGCACUGGUUCAUCUUCCUUCUCAACUUGCCUGUUGCCACUUGGAAUAUAUAUCGGUUCAUUAUGGUGCCAAGUGGUAACAUGGGAGUGUUUGAUCCAACAGAAAUACACAAUCGAGGGCAGCUGAAGUCACACAUGAAAGAAGCCAUGAUCAAGCUUGGUUUCCACCUGCUCUGUUUCUUUAUGUAUCUUUACAGUAUGAUUUUAGCUUUGAUAAAUGACUGAAGCUGGAGAAGCCAUGGUUGAAGUCAGCUACACUGCGGUGUGCAGUUGAGGAGCCAGAGACUACUUACAUCAUCCUUAGAACCGUAACCAUAGCAGUAUAUUUUUUCCUCUUUGAACAAAAAAAUAUUUUUGCUGUAUUUUUGCCAUAUAAACUAUUUAAAAAACAUGAAUUGAGUUUUUGUAGAUUUCUGGUACUCAACUUUAGCUUGAACCCCAACAUGUGAAGGUGUUUGUCAUCAUCUGUGUAUUGAAGAUAUUUGGAUGUAGGAACAGGACUGCCAUUCCAGCCUUGCAUGCCAAAGAAACAAAGGACACACUUGCAAGGGAAAACAAUAGACAAGCAAGGUGCUCAUCAAGUUGACCGAAAAGUCAGAAUACAAAACAGCACAGUUUAUCUGGGCAAAGGAAGAAAGUCAAUUACUCUUUUGCUAAUACUGUGGCAGCUUCGUGUAUUUAAUAUAGUUUAAAGAUUUAUGGGACUGUCAGCUAAAAGUCU